UUUAUGUGUUCACGAAAAUGCCACAUAGUGGCAUCCUUUAGUUUCCGAGCAGCAGAUACAUAGGUGACAGGACCUUCUGGUCUGAGAAGGAAAGCUCACCCCUCCCAGCGCCUCGCACAGCCGCAGUCGGUGACGAUUCUCGUGCAGACGGCGAAGAGCCGCUAUUGCUGCUGGAUGUGACGAUUUUGCGGUCCGGCAUCACAGCAUCCGAUUCCUCCAUCCGUCCGCGCGGCGCUGCACCUGCAACCAGCGCUGCCACUAAAUACAAUGGAAAGACAAGAAGGACGCAAAAACAUCUAAACAGGCGCCUCUCCUCUAAAAGACAAGACGGGAGGCAGAAUGAGUGAAGAGGUGGCAGUUUCUCCCAGCUGGCUGGCUCAAGAAACCACGUGGGGCAGCAGUGGCGCGGGGAGCUUAGAGAACUUCACCAUCGGAACGUACCCACCCGCGGUUGUCCUGCCGGCGAGGCCGCCCGCUGAGCUGUUGGUGAACCCGUGGGACAUCGUGCUGUGUUCGUCCGGCACCCUCAUAGCCUGCGAGAACGCCCUGGUGGUUUUGGUCAUCUGGCAGAACCCGGCUCUGCGCGCCCCCAUGUUUCUGCUGAUUGGCAGCCUAGCUCUUGCUGACCUAUUGGCCGGUUUGGGGUUAGUCCUGCACUUUACCUUCGCUUACCUGCUGCGCUCUGACUCGGCACAGCUUCUGACUGUGGGUCUGGUGGUGGCGUCCUUCUCCGCAUCUGUUUUCAGCCUGUUGGCUAUCACCAUUGACCGCUACCUGUCGUUGUACUACGCCCUCACCUAUAACUCUGAACGAACGGCUGCCUUCACAUACACCAUGCUUGUGCUUCUAUGGGGAGUGUCAGUAUGUCUGGGUUUGCUUCCUGUUACCGGUGUGAACUGCCUGGGCCAGGAGGCGAACUGCAGCGUGGUGUGGCCCCUUACAAAAAACAACGUGGUCGUUCUAUCCGUGUCUUUCCUUCUGCUGUUCGGCCUCAUGCUACAGCUCUACGUGCAGAUUUGUAAAAUUGUCAUGCGACAUGCGCACCAAAUCGCCCUCCAGCACCACUUUUUAGCCGCGAGCCCUCACUACGUCACAACACGGAAAGGCGUUUCCACCUUGGCGAUCAUUCUGGGCACAUUCGCCGCUUGUUGGAUGCCAUUUACAGUCUACUCGCUCAUAGCCGAUUACACAUACCCACCACUCUACACAUAUGCCACCCUGGUGCCCGCCACCUACAACUCGGUCAUCAACCCUGUAAUUUACGCCUUCCGCAAUCAAGAGAUCCAGAAAGCGCUGUGGCUGGUGUGCUGUGGAUGUAUCCCUGCCAGCGUGGCCCAUCGGGCACGGACCCCCAGCGAUGUCUGAUGUGCCUAGGGAACUGCACAGACCAGAGAUUCCACUGGAACAAGACGGGGCGUGCUCGUCACCCGUUUAUGUCUUCCCCAAUUGUUAUGUGACAACCACUGCCACACGAUCUUUGCCUGAUCCUGAUCCGACCAGCUGCCACACCCUGUCCAGGAAAAAUAGGGGCGGAAAUGGAUGUUGUGUGGCAGGCAGCUGUAAAUAUCUUGUACAUAUAUGCUUUUGCAUUUUUUGUGCUUGUUUUGGCUUGGCCACAGUGGCAGCCCCCCCGUUGCACGGGCUUUAAGGGAGAAGGAGGAGGGUGAGGGACAGCACAAGGCGGUCCUCUUGACUGGAUCCCGAAGCUCAUUCAUCUCGUCCUGCUGUUGCUGCAUUCAAGAACGUGCGCUGAACGUUAAGUAACCGCGGUGUGCUAAAAAUAGAUGAGGCGCUCGGUGAUCCGCGCCUUGCGUCCUCCGAGGAAACCGACCUGGAGAACGAGAGGGAGGAAGAGAGAGAGGCGCGCUCUCUCUUCUGUUUGAUUUAAAUCUCAACCCAAGCGCGGCCGAAUGUAAAAUGUCCUCCAAAGCAGAAAACCAUGAAGAGCUAAAUACAAUCUCAGAAUGAGAACCACUCUAUAAAUAACCGUACCCGUCGAUGCCUUUAUUUUAGUUCGGAACGGAUCCAUCUCCGCAUCCUCUUCCAUAAAUGCGGGAUGAAAGCCACCGGGACCCAGGAGAAAGCGUUAUGUAUGUUCAUUUAAACAGCCCCCUGUGAAUAGAGGCUCACUUCAAAGAACUGUUGAUUACAAAACGUGCAUUAAGUGUCUGCGAGAAUAAGAGGUCUGUUUAUAUGCAGCGACAUGGAGGAUGGAACCGAAUGUAUUUUCUACUGAUUUGCUUUUAAUUUGAAUUGUAUCCUCUUCCAUAAAUGCGGGAUAGAAUAGAGCACUACUCCUGUUAAUAGGUUCAACUGGUAAAUAAAUACUACUGGAUAAUGGGAUAGCUAUCACACAAUGGUAGCUCAUAGCAUUUUGCUUAAAAUUUACAUGUAUUGCAUUUAUAAAGAAGGAUGAUUUGGCCACUUUCUUUCCACAACAUUGCAGGCCCCGUUUACACUAGUGCGUUUUUGUUUUAAAACGGUGUUUUAAAAUUAAAACAAUCCUCGUCAACACUGGGGUUUCAGAAACGAUCUCCGUCUACACUACACGGCCGAAAACCAUGUCACAUGACCGUUCAUGCACACUGGGCAUGCGCGUAAAAGUGUAAACAGUCUCUUGCGCAUGUAGGCAGCUGCAGUAUUGGAAAAAAAAAUCAGAGUUUAACUGCAAAAUGGCUGCUAAACAUUACGACAAAGCCAGCAAAGAUUGCAGUUCAGUCUCCAUGUUAUUGUUUACACGGUCGUCAAGGAUACCUAGAGCGAACGUGGAAAGCCAUGCCAUCUAUUUCAAAAGGCUCCGUUUUGGUCCGUUUAUAACGCAACCCCGUGUUUUCAAAUUAAAACGGGGUCAGCAGCGUUUCGAGUUUCGAAAACGCUGGCGUAGUGUAAACGACAGGCGUAACCGUAGCAAAACUUUUGCGUUUUAAAACGAAAACGCACUAGUGUAAACAGGGCCUGAGAUAAAUUAAUUAGAGGGGUAAGUUGGAACAUGAGUGAAUCUCACAAGGCUUGUAGUUUAUUUAUGAUAUAAUAGUUUUUUUAAUCAUUACUGAGAUCAUUCUUUUGAUUUUGGGGUGAAAUAAGACAUGAAGUGUUCAUGAAAUUCAUCCAUGAUCAAUUAUAUUCUGCCAGCCAACUAAAAAGAGCAUUCAGCAGAUUUACAGUCAAUAUGAUUUUUAGUAAACUGUUGAAUCUCCUCAAACAGUCAACAUGACAAGAUUAUAAUGAGGAGAACAGCUGGCCUCUCAGAGCUGGCAAAUGUCAGAUGAGGGAGAAUGUUAUUAUAAAAUCUAUCGUACUUUCAUCACAACUGAGGCUGCAGUCUUGCUAGUAUUAUGAGCUGAAGUUCACCCUUGCUUUUUACCUUAUGCCCUCCAAAUGCCAACCAGCCACUAUCCAUUUCAGUGUAGUGGCAGAAUCCAUCAGCGAGCAAUAACUACAGACAGAGUGUUUCAUCAAAUUAUAGCAAUAUUCUGGCAGCAAUAACAGUCAUGCCCAAGCAAAACCAACACCUCAGCUAGACGAAAAAAACAUCCAUGAAUAACUCACCACGAAAAUACGAGUGGAUUCUAAGAACGACUGACAAAUGUACUUAUUUCAACAUCACCCGAAUUAUAUUAGUGAAUUUUGGAAUUAAAAAAAAACAGAAACUGGACAGAUGUCCCAAUCCCUGCAAACAUGUUCAUAAUCUCACUGCCUCGUGUUCUCUCGUCCAGAAAGUGACUGUGCCCUGCCUGUGGUCUUUUACGAUAUCUAACUAUGAAUGAAAUCUCUCUGUACACUCAAUGUGACCUACUCUGCAGUAUGCAUUUGCUUUUGCGAAACUUAGAGAUGUUUAUACGUGUGAGGAACGUGACGUGUAAGGCGUGACUGUUGGUGCAUGGCCGCGCGUGUACGUGUGAACGCAUGCAUAUAUCUUCGUCUCUCCAGGGACAAUGAUGUAGUUGGGGGUAAUAAUGUAUAUUCCCCAUAGACCUGCAUGGGCUAGAGUGGCUACCAGUCUUCCCAUCGCACCCUCUUUACAUCGUGCCUGCGGGUCGGACACACCCUUGUGACCUUUUUUGCCUGAGUGACCUCUAUACGAUUCCACUGAAACAGCACAUGAGCGGUAGCAAGCAGGUAUGUGAGUUUUAAUAGGGCUUAGCAUGAAGAUGAUGACCGGUCUGUUGCAGGUCACAUCUGACCUUUGAGGAAUAAUUUAUUUUGCUAUAUUCAUUGAAAGUCUCUAUUUUCCCCCCUCAGUCUGGAUUCUUUCAGAAUUCCUGAGAUUUUAUUUUGUAAUCUGAUGCGCUGUACGGCCUCUUCUGAAUGUAUUGACAAAGACGUUCUCAUCAUUGCUAUGGCAUUCUACCGAUCGUCUUGAUCCUGUAAAUAAAGCAUGUGACUUUAAGGAGGCAUGAUGGCAUUUCUCACCUGGUGUCAUAGAGCGCUGCAGUGAUGCGUAUAUUCGUAGGCCAACCUGGAAUUUAACAUCACCUUGGUUCCCUAGGAUUUUUCCUUUGGCUGGUGGAUUAUUGCAGAAAAUGAGCUCUGUAAAAUUAUCUUUAUAUGUGUUUAUGAUUCUUACACAUUUUGUUCAGAAAUAACAAAACUUUUAUGACUUUUGAAGCCUAAAUACAAUUGCCAGAAAUAAAUAGCUAAACGUUUGACGUGUAAACGAACAUCAGCGCCACCCUCUCUAAUAUCGCGCUUAUGCCAUGUCGUAAUUACCAUAAUUUCGAGAUGACAACACAUGACAUUCUACUCGGAACUGUUCACAUCCUCGUAAUGGGAAUUAUGCAUUUCUAUGUGUAACCGCUCCUAUUUGACCUGCCCCAAACAGGAUUCAAACCGGCGUCUCCGGCAUGGGAGGUGCGCAUGCUAACAAGGACGCUAAAGACCAGUCUCUAGCAUGCCUCUUGAGAUCAGGGGAGUGAGGUUUACUCACGCUGCUCUUACUAGCUGGCUUCCGUUACAUUCAUCCCCCUAAACCUCACUCCCAUCUGGGUCACGGCACCAAUGUAACCGGACUUGCUUGACCUGCUCUGAGCGGGAUUCGAACCGGCGUCUCUGGCAUGGGAGGCGGGCAUGUUAACAAGGACGCUAAAGACCAGUCUCUAGCAUGCCUCUUGAGAUCAGGGGAGUGAGGUUUACCUGCACUGCUCUUAUUAGCUGGCUCCCGUUACACUCACCCCCCCUUAAUCUCACUCCCAUCUGGGUCACAGCACCAAUGUAACCAGUCUAGCUCAAUCUGCUCUGAGCGGGAUUCGAACGGGCGUCUCUGGCAUGGGAGGCGGGCACGUUAACAAGGACGCUAAAGACCAGUCUCUAGCAUGCCUCUUGAGAUCAGGGGAGUGAGGUUUACCCGCACUGCUCUUACUAGCUGGCUUCCGUUACACUCACCCCCCGUUACACUCACCCCCCUAAACCUUACUCCCAUCUGGGUCACGGCACCAAUGUAACCGGUCUUGCUCGAAUUGCUCUGAGCGGGAUUCGAACCGGCGUCUUGCUCGAAUUGCUCUGAGCGGGAUUCGAACCGGCGUCUCUGGCAUGGGAGGCGGGCACGUUAACAAGGAUGCUAAAGACCAGUCUCUAGUAUGCCUCUUGAGAUCAGGGGAGUGAGGUUUACCCGCACUGCUCUUACUAGCUGGCUUCCGUUACACUCACAACCCUAAACCUUACUCCCAUCUGGGUCACGGCACCAAUAUAACCGGUCUUGCUCGAAUUGCUCUGAGCGGGAUUCGAACCGGCGUCUCUGGCAUGGGAGGCGGGCACGUUAACAAGGACGCUAAAGACCAGUCUCUAGCAUGCCUAUUGAGAUCAGGGGAGUGAGGUUUACCCACACUGCUCUUACUAGCUGGCUUCCGUUACACUCACCCCCCUAAACCUCACUCCCAUCUGGGUCACGGCACCAAUGUAACCGGUCUUGCUUGACCUGCUUCUGAGGGGGAUUUGUGAACUAGCAUCUCCAGCAUGGAAGGCGUUUACGCUAACAAGGACGCUAAAGACCACAGUCUCUAGUGUCGCUAGUGUGCCUCUUGAGAUCAAAUGAGUGAGGUUUACCUGCACAGCUCUUACUAACUGGACUCCAUUACAUAUGGCAGCACUAUCAAUGCCUAAAUGAUUCUGCAGCAGUCAGGUGGUACAGCGGUCACGUGGUACAAGUAGGAGCUUUUAGAAAAUUCUCAGCUUACAGGUUGUAAUUACAAGUUCUACAAGGAUGUGAAAGCUUUUUAAAGUUGAAAUCUUGUAAUUACGGUAAUUAUGACAUGGCGUGAACACACCUUAAGCUUCCGAUAACUGGUUCAGUCUUUAUUUAAAAAGCAUUUUUCCGUUUGAGUUAGAAUAAUUCGCAAGAGCAUGAAAGCUGUGAAAGCGACUAAUGAGCAGAUGAGUUUACCUGUUUACCUAAUGUUUAUUGCCCCCGAAAAACUCUGUAGUCCCAUUAAGCCACUUGUUAGCCUUUUUCAAAACAAGUAAAAGCUAUAUAAAAAAUCAGAAGGGGGUAUUACUAACUUGAAAAUAUCUUAAGCUUGUGUUAUUCAUACACCUUAUUUCAGGCAUUUAACCAAACACCCAUUGAUUUCAGGAUGAUGUAAGCGGAGGUGCUAAAAUGCUAACUUGUUUCCGGGCCUACAAAAAUACAUCAUCCCUGCUGCACUCUAUUCUGCAAAAGUUAACCUUGGGCCACAUUCCAGUGUUGCCUGGGCAUGCUUGUCUACAGCAGAUUGAGAGGGUUAAUGCCUGAUGCACAUGACCGGGAGAUUAUCGCGUUGGCUUUUGGGGGUUAACUCUCUGACUAAAACAUAAUAUCUCCGUCUGUUUUUGAAAAGAGCUUUGUAAAAUGAUGUUAUCAUGCUUUGUGCCUGGUCUCUGAUGGAUUUUCUACAUGCAGAUGGACGUUUGCCUAUUGAAUCCUUUAUUUAAGUAGACUUGUAUCCAACUGUAGAUGAUUGUGCUCUGAAAUCCAAUGUAAGAGCUUGAAAAUGUCCAACUGAAGGGUGAAAAAGGGCUCGGAUGGGAGUCUGUCUCCUGUUGUGGUUUAUUUGAAGAGCAUAGAAGAGGAAAUCACCUCUGGGUCCCACCUCUGGUUUCCUGUCUUGUGAGGAAACUUUCUACAUUUACAGUAAGACUCCUUCUGUACUUUAUUUAGAUACUAGAAUCGAAUUCUUGAACAAUCUGAGGAGCAGUCGGGUGCAUCGGUUUCAGCAUCUUGUGUACAUGUAUGCGUAGUUUUAACUGUGAAAUGCACUUUAUUUUUUUGAUGAGAAAAGGCACAACAAAUCACUUAUCUGCAAAACAAUAUUAUAAGAAUUAUAAUCAACAUGCACUAAUUAACAUUGUAUAACAUUGUGUUAAUGUGUUGUAUAUUUUUCCAAGGUGUUGGUUGUAUACUUUUAUUGCUUUGGUUAGUUUAAUGAACUGAGAGAUCUUGUUAAUUUUGUAUUAAAAAGAAUGUGCUGUGCAUUAAAAA